GUUCUUUUUCCCUCACGAAAAGUGGGGGAAUGAGGAAUGAGCGUGGAUGGCAGGCAUUGAAACUCCUUCCUCCUCUCAUCUCUCAUCAUUUCCUUCAUCUGACAUCGUCCUCAAUAAAGCAGACAAAUCGUUUGUCAUCAAAAGAAACCUCCAAGGACACUCUCAGAAACCGAUACGCUGAGGGACGCAAUGCGAGCAACUGUUCUUCUAUCGACCUUGGCGAUGGCCAUGGUGGCCCAGGCUUGGUCCUUGACGGGACCCCGCACGUUAGUCCUUAUGGACAGUCUGGACGAUGCUGUAUCCUACAUGGAUUUCUGGAAUGACUUGCAGGACCGCGAGUUCAAUGUUACGCUCCAUGAGGUGGGCACGCCUAUCACGCUCAGCAAAAAUGACCGACGCCAAUUUGAUCAGCUUAUCUUCCUUGCGCCCAAGUUGAAAGAGUAUCCUAAGGGAAUGAGCGCAAAGGCGGUGGUUGGAUUCGUCGCGGAUGGCGGCAAUGUGCUGGUGGCGGGAUCACCCGAAAUGAGCAACACGCUCCGGGAGCUGUCUCGAGAAUUCGAUGUCGAGUACGAUAACCGAUUCACGACCGUGCUGGACCAUUUCAACUAUGAUUCCGGUCUCGGCAAGGAGAAGCAUGAUGCUAUUGUAGUCAAUCCCUCGACACAAAUGUCGAAGAUCGAUGCGAUUGUCCCGCUGGAGAAGGUUGAGGGUCCAAUUUUGUUCAGGGGUAUUGCGCAUACGGUCAACCCGAGGAAUUCGUUGUUGACGCCGGUUUUGUGGGCGCCCAAGGAGGCGUAUUCGUGGGAGGCCGUGAAUUUGGAGGAAGGAGCGGAUCAGGAUCCGACGGUGUCGGGCAAGGACAUUAGUUUGGUUUCGGUGAUGCAGGCGAGGAAUAAUGCUAGAGUUGCCUUCCUGGGGAGCUCGGAGAUGUUGUCGGAUAUGUUCUUUCAGUCGAAGGUUAAGAAGAUUGGCGAGGAGGAGGGAGUGAACUCUGGUAACCGCAAGUUCAUCGAGGAGCUGACAAAGUGGACCUUCCAGGAGAAGGGCGCUUUGGAAGUUGUCGCGGUUCAGCACCACAAGCCCCAGGAGGAGGAAGCACCCGCUCAUUACCGCAGCAAGGAUAACAUGACCUACACGAUCUCGAUUGCAGAGUAUCACGAUGGCGAAUGGCACCCGUUUUCUGCGGACGACAUUCAAUUGGAGCUGAUCAUGUUGGACCCCUACAUCCGCAAGACGCUCGAUCAGGUUCCCUUGGAUGAUCAGAGCACCGUGGGGACCUUCACGACGACGUUGCAGUUGCCAGAUCAGUACGGAGUGUACAAGUUCACGGUGAACUACAAGCGACCGGGUCUGUCGUACAUUGAGAGUGUGACGACUGUGGGGAUCCAUCCGCUCAGACAUGACCAGUACCCAAGGUUUAUCUCUCAGGCGAAGCCGUACUACACGAGUGCGGCGAGUAUGGGAGUUGGGUUGUUGGUUUUCACAGUUGUGUAUCUGUGGGGAGGACUGGACUCGAGUGCCAAGACGACCAAGAAGGCAUAGAGGAUAGAAGGAAUUUAGCGUAGCUGCAGAGACGUUUGUCGGAGGAGGAGAGAGUGAGACGAUCUGGCCGGUCGCUUGCACGCGUGUAAGGUUUUAUUGCAGGGCAGUAGAAAAAUACAUAUAUAAAUGCAUGCCAUGGUU